CCUGCCUCCCACAUCAUCCUCCCUUCAAUCAACCCUCCCACCGCAUCGACGCCUCUCACCGCACCAGACCGGCCCGCCGCCGAGCCAAUUGGUCCCGUAACCUCCGAGGAAGAUGCUGUCCGCCACCGCCGUGGCCGUUCGGGCUGGUGCCCGCCGAGCUGCUCCCCGCACCGUCGCCCGCACCGUCGCCCGCGCUGGAGCUCUGUCGGCCCAGACCCAAUGCCUCAACGACUACCGAGCCCUCUCGACCACCCGCGCCCUCACCAUGCCCCCCGCUCGCGAUAGGACCCGCGAGAUCGUGGCCCAGGCUGUCAGCAGCAUCGGCAGCAAGCGCGAGGGUCAGCAGUACCUCAAGCUCUUCACCUCCGUCUCCUCCAAGCAGUUCGCCGUCAUCAAGGUCGGUGGUGCCAUCCUCACUGAGUACCUUGACGAGCUGUGCCGCAGCUUGCUCUUCCUCAAUGAACUGGGCCUCUACCCGGUGAUUGUCCAUGGUGCAGGCCCCCAGCUCAACCACAUUCUUGAGUCGGCUGGCGUCGAGCCUCAUUUCGAAGAGGGCAUCCGUGUAACUGAUGCCAAGACCCUCGGUAUCGCCCGCAAGCUGUUCCUUGAGGAGAACCUCCGACUGAUCGACCGCCUCGAUGAGCUUGGUGUUGCCACUCGAUCCAUCAGCGGUGCCUUUACGGCCGACUACCUCGACAAGGACAAGUGGCAAUACGUCGGAAAGAUCACCAAGGUUAACAAGGAGGCUAUCGAGAACUCCAUUGAGGCCGGCUAUAUUCCGGUUCUUACCUCGAUGGCUGAGUCCAAGGACGGCCACCUUCUCAACGUUAAUGCCGAUGUUGCCGCGGCCGAGCUCGCCCGUGCCCUUCAGCCUCUCAAGGUUGUGUACCUCUCAGAAAAAGGAGGCCUGUUCAACGGUGAUGGCAAGCACAUCUCUCACAUCAACCUCGAUGCCGAGUUCGAUGACUUAAUACGUCAGCCCUGGUGUCGCUAUGGAACGAAACUAAAGAUCUGUCAAAUUAAGGAGCUCCUCGAGUUUUUGCCCCGUACCUCCUCUGUUGCUAUCAUCCACCCCAGUGACUUGCAAAAGGAGCUCUUCACCGACUCUGGUGCUGGUACCCUGAUUCGACGGGGUGACUCCGUUCAGCAGGCGUCUGCCAUUGAUGAAUUUGAGGACCUCGAGAAGUUCAAGGCCACCCUCCUCCGGGACCGCGAGGGCAUGGAUGCCGAGGCUACCAUCGACCGCUUCGUCGACUUUCUCAAGGCUAACCCCUUCAAUGCCUACUACGAUGACGCUAUGCAGUGCUUAGCCGUCGUCCUGCCUGCUGGUGAUGAGAGACCAAUAGCUACUCUGACUACCCUAAAUAUCACCAAGUCUGGCUGGCUCAGCAACAUUGCCGAGAAUGUUUUCGACGCCAUCAAGAAGGACCACCCUAGCCUCGUUUGGACCGUCAGCGAAGAGGACGAGAAUUUGACAUGGUUCUUUGAGAAGGCUGACGGAAGCCUCAAUAAGAAUGGCAGCGUCCUGUUCUACUACGGCUGCGACCUCCGCUCCGACGCCCUGGCCCCUGCCUACGAGCACUUCAUCGCACACGGCCGAACCAUGCUUGGUGAUUCAGACCUUGAGGCGCGCCUCCGCAGCGCUGCCCAGUCCACUAGCAAGACCCUCAGUGCCUCCCAGGGCCGCACUUAGGGUACGCCGAGUACGAGGGAAACCCUACCAUGGAAAGGGCGUCAAGAGUAAGGGUUAGAAUAGGGUUAUCCACGGGGGUUCAUCGGGAUUAUUUUUAGCUUAGCCACGCCCAGGCCUGUCUUCAUCAACUUUACUUUAGGCUACGUAGAGCCCGAGGGAAUCCCUACUAUGUAAAGGGCGUCAAGAGUAAGGAUUAGAAUGGGGUUGUCCAUGGGAGUUCAUUGAGAUUAUUAUAAGCUUAGUCACGCCCAGGUCUGGGUUCAGAUUCACUGUUGUAUAUAAAUUGCGUCCGGUAGCAGCCACUUGUUCGUGAUCGCGAGUAUGGAUUCUAUUUUUCAUUUAUUUAUUCGUCUG